AAGAAAAUAUAAGAACAGAAAAUUCAUCCAUUGCCGAUAUAUAAUUGUAAUUUUCUUCCUGACUUUUCCAGUGUUAAAAGCAACUGUAAAGGGUGGUUUGAGAGAAUUUAGCAAUCAUUUUUAUCGAAGACUAAGAAACCGUGAACCCGAAAGAAACCGUGUACUGUCGCCUAUGCCCAUAGCUGCUCUAUUAGUAUUACUACGCUAUGAUGCUAAUCCAGUAAGUGCUUUAGAAAUAGGUGAAGCUUUGGAAUUGAUACAUCAACCAAUUGAAAAGAUAACAGAAUCUUAUAUAAGUAUACAUGACAAAAUGAUCGAUAGUUCUUUAAUAUCUAUAUCAAAUCAUGUAUCAAUAACUAUAAAUGGAGAAGAACAGAUAGGUAGUAACAUGACGACAGGUGAAGUUAUCGAUCAAUGGAGAAGUUUUCAUAUCUGCAAUAAAGCUAUACAAUUAGCAGUAGCUGACGAAAAACCGGGAAUACGUCUUAUUUCGUAUGCCAAUUUUCACAAUAAAUUUCAUUAUGAAGUUUCCGUAGAUGAUUCAUUAAUUUUCGUUGAUAUUAAUGGGCAUGGAAGAACAAUGACAUCGUUACAACAAAUAGCAGUAUUUCGCUUUGGAGUCAUUGGUGCUAUAAAAGCUACCGUAAUUGAAGUCCCUACCAGUGAUGAAGACACUUUGUUGUAUAUUAUAUAUCCCUCUGAAUCUGAAAAAGGUAUACUAAAAGUAGAAAAAAAAUUACGAAGAUAUCCUUUCAGCGUUAUUCAAACGUAUUUAAAAAAGAAAAGGCUUAAAUUGAUACUGCCAAAAGUCGAAUUGAGAGCACAAGUACCUUUAAAAAGAUCAUUAAAAGCUUUGGGCAUGCGUCAAAUGUUUAUAGAUAUGUGUUAUCAUGUAGACGAAGUUCCUAUAAAAGUAAAUAAAUUCAUAUCAUCAGCUUCCUUUAUUAUUGAUGAAAGCAGUGAAGGAGUUAAACAUCCUAUCAGUGAAGACCAACAAAUUGUUGCUAAACUUCCAAAACUUAUAGUUGAACAUCCAUUUAUAUAUUAUGUAACAUCUAAAGAAUAUGAAAUCUAUUUUGAGGGAAAAAUUACCAAACAAGGUUAAAAUUUUACCGAAAAAUCGUAUAGAAAUAUACAUA